GCACCAGGUUUACAAUCAUCAGUCGAACUAAUCAUCUUUCUCGCCAAGCUGGUUUCUGAACUGGGUGACACAACGGCUGCGAUACAAGCUUACGAAAGAGCUCUUCAGAGUAUUCUGGCAGCUGGUUCAAUCAUGCAGGCGCAUGGAGAUCACGACGUGGCGCUCAACAAGUACAGGGUUGCGGUAGAUGCUUGCGACUACAAUGGUUGUCUCUGGAACAACAUCGGCGUCUGCUUGAUGGCCAAGGGCCGGCUUGCACAAGCUCACAGCUGUCUCAAGAAAGCGUCGUUCAUCUGUCCACUCGACUACAAGUACGUUGAAAUAGAAUUCAAGCUGUCCUUCUAG